AUGUACAUCCCAUCGCACCUGGAAGUGACAGAAUUAGACCAGCAGGUCGAGCUUAUUCGCGAGUACCCAUUGGGUACAAUGUUCAGCUACAAUGGCGGAAAAUCCCGCUUGCUGGAUUAUUUCAAGUCUGGGAAAGAGGAUGAUGCCAUUGAUUCGGAGAUGUGUGCUACGCAUGUUCCGUUCUGCUAUGUUGCCGGGAAUUCUGGGACGGGGCCUGGGAAGUUGAUAGCCCAUCUUGCGAGACGUAAUCAGCAUGUAGAAUUGCUCGAACAGUCUCCCAAUUGUCUUGUUGUGUUUCAAAGCGUGGACUCUUAUGUGUCACCGGAGUAUUAUCCAUUGAAGAAGAAGACUCACAAGUUUGUUCCUACGUGGGAUUUUGGGUGUGUACAUGUGUAUGGGCGGGCAAGAAUUAUUCGGGAUGAUCCAGCCUGGUUGCUGGAGAUGUUGAAUGCGAUUACGGACCAAGAGGAGGAGAAGCGUCCUGAUGAGGCGAACCGGUGGAAAGUUAGCGAGGCAGAGCCAUCGUAUUUGGAACGGAUGAUGAAGGAGGUGGUGGGGAUUGAGAUCGAGAUCAGCAGUAUGCAGUGCAAGAUGAAGUUCCAGCAGGAUCAGCCACCGGUGAACGUCAACGGGGUCCUCGAUGGGUAUUCCAAGGAGUUGGACGCUGCGAAGGCGCAGGAAUUGAGCAAGUUCACUCGGAAACACUAUCCAAGGGACUUAUAA